GAUGGUCAGUGGGCACACUGUGAAGAAUGAAAGGAUGACCCUUCGGUCGCUUGCUCCUUCAUGAGCGCCGUGCUCCGCCGUGUUACAUAUCCUUUAAUCAGUGAUCACCCUCCACAAAAAAGACUGCAUGCAGCUCGUCGUCACUUCCAAAGGUUGAACCCCGGCCUGCUCGAUAAUCUGCUCACUCUAAAUCGCUUCUUUUUGAAGACCAAAGAUUGUUAAGAGAGAGGGAUUCUCACACGGGACGAUAUCCGAUGGCGAAUCGGGCAGGAGGAUACAGGUUGAAUAGACUCUUGAACAGACUCGUUCCUGGCUUGAUGUUUCUGCUGAUCGGUGUGGGGCCCCCAUUGGUAUUGAACCAGUCAAUCCCGUAUCUGCUCGAGACUUCUCCUAGCGAAUACCACCGUUGGAUCAAGCUCUACAGACUCUUCUUCAUCGCGCAGCUUUCCUUGGCCGUCGGAUGGUAUCUGGCCGUCUACUUCAACCUGUUCACUUCGGCCAGCGGCUACCGAUCGACAACCGGCCUUAUACGUGCAACCUACUCUAUACGCCGAACCUCGCCCUCCAUCUUUCAGAAAAUCGUCGAUCAAUCUAUCGUUUAUCAGUGUGUUGAUCAGGUCGGCUCUCCUCUGCGUUGCGCGAUUUGUAACGAUCAGAUCGUUCCAGUCCGCGCCCGGCAUUGUCAGGAUUGUGGAAUAUGCGUGCCAGGUUUCGACCACCAUUGCGUGUGGUUUGCGCAAUGUAUCAGCCUCACCAGCACGCUCAAGCCGUUCAUCCAAGUGCUCAUCCUAGGUGCAAGCACCCUGCUCGCCGCCGCAGUCUCAGUCUACCCGAUUGUUUUCCAGCACAUCAGACAAGUCAUCCGACUCACCUGGAGCAAUCGAUCCAGCGGCGAUACCCUGCGUCGAAUUUGGUGGGGUCGUUGGUGGGGUUGGGCUGGAGGCCCCGUGUAUAGAUACAUGGGCGGGCUUUGUCUUGGAUACAUUUACUAUCCGGAGAUAAGCCUAAGAGAAUCGAGCAACGCCCAUGAUGACGGCUCGAAGACACACCCGAGACGGAAGACCAUGUUGGAUGAGCCGACGCUCUCAGCACUAUUGAUCACUGCAGCAGGCACGAUGGUCCUGCUAGUCAUGCUAGCGAUGAUCACGAUAGUCUUCAAAAACAACAUCCUCAACGGCCUCUCCACGAUCGAGAUCGAGCGCGCACGACGCUGGAAAAGCUCUCCGAGGGACGCCGGCCUCAAGCUCUGGGUCCCGCUGCCUGCGUCCCUCGGCCAGCCCAGAGGAAAGGUCGUCGUCGUCCCACACGGCCUGCCGAUCUUCGACCUCGGUCCUAGACUCAACUUUCAACUCAUCAUGGGUGAGAAAGUCUGGCAUUGGUUUGUACCAUGGAAAACGAGUGGAACACCAGACGGAGUUGAAUGGCCCAUCUCGGAUCACUGGAUGAGCUAUCUGAGAUCGCUAGAUGCCUACAAUGAGGAUGAGGUAUCACCACCAGGAUAGUGACCAUCUUCUACCACACGAAUGCCCUUCGGACGAUUGGUACCAUCCGACCCCAAGAUGAUUAGAAUUUUUCAGCCUCUGUAUCUUUUGUUUGUUUGCGAGUGCGCAGGAAUUACCAGUUGUAAUACGCUCUGUGCAGAUGUACUUGUGGAGUCCCUGCUUGGGUUUAGUUAGAUCUAAUUAACGAUCAUAUGAUAGUCUGAGUCAUCAGUCACAAACAAAACAUCACGUGUUCCUAUCGUGAUCCAUGGCCCCGAUCACUCACACAUAUUUCUCAAACAUCUCCUCACUCAAGACACUCA